CAGCGAUAAGCAGGGUCUCCGCUCGAGUUGGCAACGUCUGCUCGUCAUAGGAAGGUGUUUGCUCCAUUUCUCACCAUUAUUCUCGCACCUGUAACCUCAGCCUUCUUACGUAUGGAAUUUGACGAUGACUUUUACCUCGAGGAAGACAAACUGUGAAUAGGUUGUGAAGCACCAUCCAUAGGCGUACAAUGUGGUCGGGCCUACCCGGAGUUUAUGAAUAUUCCAUGCUACCCAUUCAUGAUCCUGACGAAUAUACAGCAGAUGAUAUGGAUUAUUACUCCAUAUUUGAAGAUCGCAUGGGUAUGACAGUCACCUCAGGCAGUGUCAACCUUGAGAAAGAUGACAGUAACCUCAUCGGCAUUAGUAUUGGGGGCGGAGCUAAAUACUGUCCAUGUCUCUAUGUUGUACAGGUCUUUGACAACACUGCAGCAUCUCGGGAUGGCACCCUACAAAGUGGAGAUGAGAUCACCGGGGUGAACGGAGUGAAUGUGAAGGGGAAGUCCAAGCAAGAGGUUGCACAGCUCAUACAGCGGUCAGAGGGUACUGUUACUAUUCAGUACAACAAAUUACAUGCCGACCCAAAACAAGGAAAAACGUUGGACAUUGCCAUGAAAAAAGUAAAACACAGACUGGUAGAGAACAUGUCUUCAUCAACUGCAGAUGCCCUUGGCUUGUCUCGGGCUAUAUUAUGCAACGACUCUCUAGUGAAGAAGCUGGAUGACCUUCAGAGAACAGAAGACAUGUACAGGUCACUGAUGGAUCACACCAAGAGAUUACUGAAGGCUUUCUUUGACCUCUGCAUUGUUUAUAAAAGGUUUGGUGAUAUCUUCUGUGAAAUUGGUGUACGUGAACUCCAGCAGUCGGCAAAUGAAGCUUUUAACCAGUUUGGUGAAGCACAUCGUCAAAUGGAAAAGUUUGGGAUCCAGAUGCUAAAGAGACUAAAACCAAUCUUGAGUGACUUGGGCACAUAUCUGCAUAAGGCCAUUCCCGACACAAGAUUGACAAUCAGACGAUAUGCCGACACGAAAUUUGAAUACCUCAGUUAUUGCCUUAAAGUGAAGGAAAUGGAUGAUGAAGAGAUGCAGUUUGCUCAGUUGCAGGAACCUUUGUACAGAGUGGAAACUGGAAAUUAUGAGUAUCGAUUGAUCCUUCGUUGCCGCCAAGAUGCCAGGGCCAAAUUUGCCAAACUGAGAUCUGAUGUUCUUGUCAAGUUAGAAUUGCUGGAUUCGAAACACGUCCAACACCUUACUGAACAACUUACUAGACUCAUAUCUGGUCUUGCUACAUACCACAGCCAGUGUCAGGAGCUUAUGCAUGACAAACAUUGGUUCCCAAUUGAACUGGACAUGGUUGGAACAACUCUCCAGUCAGAUAAUCGCAGUGACAGCAUACAGAGUGAAGAGGAUGAUGAAGAAUUGUUGGAUACAGAAGGUGCAACAGAAGCAACGGAGGCAGAGCUUGUCCAGCCACUGGCAGACAUCACCCUUAAUGAUAGCAAGCCACAGCAGGAGGCAAAACCGGGAAACUUCGAAGACAUUAACCUCUUGGGAGACUUUUAGGGAAAGGUCCGUCAGUUUUUUUAUAAUCCAGAGUGAUAUUCCCAUUCAAAGGAUCACAGUAUUGUAUGGCCUAAUUUGUUUUAGUUUCCUGUUAUUUCAAAUUGUGCAAUAAGAUUUUUUUUUUUUUUAAUAAAGGAUACUUUCCUUUAUAUUUCGUCUUGUAAUAUCUCAAGAAUUAAGUGUUCAUGUUCAGGUUAUGGUAGAAUUAUUAAAAAAAAGAAGAAGAAAAUUAUCAUUUACAGUAUUAUGGACCACAAAUGACAUAUUCCAUCCUUUUACACAAACCCAUGUGUAGUGUGGAGAAUCUUGCACUUAAUAGAUAUUGGAAAAUUAUAAUAAUAGAAAGGAAAUAUUUUAUGCUUCUACUUUAUAUUUAUAUAUUCUAGUCAGGUUUGCAUAAAAGAACAAAUAAAAUGGAUGACAAAAGGUUGAGGUUGAGUAAGCAGUCAGUAAUUAUAAUGUUUAGGAAAUAGCUAUGGAAUGACUUAUGUGGUGUAAGAUCAUUUUGUACUUUUUCUUUUUGCUAAGUUUUUAAAGAAUAAAGUCCUGUGUGAAGGGAUUGAGCAUUGGUGAACUGCUGUAAAAUGCUUAUGCUAUUUUAAAGUGUGUUGCUGUUUUCAAGUUGUGUUCAUAGAUAUUGAUUCUAAUGUUGAUAAUUUCUGAAAAAUCUUUUCAUGACUUUGUCCCAUGAAUGAGUAAAUUUGAGGUUGAACCAGGAAAGUCGAUAAAGAGUAGCCGUAGGAGAAAAGAAAUCUAUAUACUAAAUUCCACAGCAUAUUGGCACUGACUAUGGCCUUUUUAUGUUGCACAAAAGUAAUUCAAUCAUUUGUGUAACUCGAAGAUAUCCUAUGUGUUAGCUACAAUGUUUUAUUACAUAAAGGAGUCUUUGAAAUGUUUAGAUUUUUUCCUUUUUGUUAAUGACCUCUUGGAUUAGACUUUCAGUUGCCAUUCAUGGAUUUAACAGUAUAUAGCAAAUUAUUUAUCUGAUGUAAAUAUUUCGCCCUGAUGAUUAUGACAUGUCCUCAUUUUGAUUGUUGUAUUUUGAUGUUUAAUUAUUAUUUUUAUUAUUGUAAAACUUUUUUCUAAGGAUAGAUAUUAAAGAAAAGGUAAAUUUCUCCAUAAAAGAUAGUGAACAUCUUAUGAAAGGCAAAGUGGAAAGAAUAUGAAAACUAUUUUGUCUUCCAGUUAGUAGUUGCAGUAUCUCUUGUGUGCAGUAACAGGUAAUAUUAAUGGAAUUGAAAUAUUAUUCGUAGUCUAAUGUACAGAUAGUAGAAAAGAAACCUAUUUGAGAAAAUAUAUUAAAGCCAGAUAAGCUGUUGGUAUGUGAGUACUAUUGCAAAGAUAAUGUUUGCUGGAUAUUUAAUUGUAUUUCACCACAUAAUUCUAGCCAUUGAUAGAACUGCUAUUUAUGAAGUCCUUAAAAAAGUCUCUCAAAAAAGAAAGUACAAUAUUACAUUUAGUUUGUAGGAUUUUGAAGUCGCCAGUGCAAUAGUGUUUCAUUAUAUUCCAGAUCAUAUUAGCUUCAUUUUCAAAUUCAGAAAAUUUACAUAUAU